AUGGCCGCCCCUGACCUCGAAGAGAUUCAUGAUUUUCUGGUAUCCUUGGCCUUUCAGGCUGGGGAUAUCAUCACGAAUGCCCUCCCAGGCACUAGUGACACCGGCUCGAAAUUGAACAGUGCCGACCUUGUGACACAGUAUGACCGUGCGGUUGAGAACAUGAUCUCGAGUGCCUUAAAGGAGAGAUAUCCCGAUUAUGUAUUCCACGGCGAGGAGACCUAUAAUCCGGCUCAUCCAUUGACCGAUGCCCCUACCUUUAUCGUGGACCCGAUUGACGGAACUGUCAACUUUGUUCACGGCUUCCCAUGCGCCUGUGUCUCGCUCGGUUUCGCCGUCGGCCGGAUGCCGACUGUGGGCGUGGUCUACAACCCUUCUACCAAGAAUCUCUAUUCUGCCAUCAAGGGUCAAGGGGCUUUCUUGAAUCGUAAGACUCGUCUUCCGUUGAAGGGAAAUAAUGUGGAACCCCUGACAGGCUUGGCCAAUGCCCUCAUCGCCGUUGAAUGGGGAUCCGAUCGUAGCGGUCAGAACUGGGAGACCAAAAUCCGGACUUUUGAGAAGUUGGGCCAGUCAAAGGAGACAGGUGGGGCAAUGGUUCGUUCUAUGCGGAGUCUGGGAUCCGCAGCCCUCAAUAUCUGUGCCGUGGCAGAGGGCACGUUGGAUCUCUACUGGGAGGGUGGAUGCUGGGAGUGGGAUGUCUGCGCUGGGUGGGUGAUCCUAGCCGAGGCUGGAGGCAUCAUGGUCGAUGGCAGCCCGGGAGGUUGGAAGACUCGCCUCGACGGGAGGAGGUAUCUCGCAGUCCGUGGCGCCCCAGCGGGCCAGAAGGAGAUCGUUGAAGAGUUCUGGAGCCACAUCCAGGGCAAGCUGGAGUAUUAG